CUCACUGCCCAUUUACUCAUCCACAUGGAACUGCAAAUUAAAGUAAAAUCCAACAAUUAAUAGUCCCUUGGCCUUUGGAAACUCAGCUGCCUGAAACUCAAGAAUAAUAACUGUGUAUUUCCCAAGCCAAAUUGCCCUUUAUAUUGUAGUUUAGAGAAAAUUUGUUCCACAUUAGACUUCAAGUUACUUAAAACCAAUUGAAAUUUUAUGCCUUUUAUAAUAACAGAAAGAAAAUAUAACUCUAUUCAGUCAGUUAAAGUUACUAUGAGAAACAUCACAGUUGUUUUUUUGGUUUUCAUUUCUCUAGUUUUGGCUCAUUCUCUUAUAAAACGACCAGGGGUUAACUACUGUACUAUGGGUGUGGUGGUAAUUAGACAACGAGUAAUGUGCGAUCCCCUGCGAUCUCUCUGGGUCCUUAGAGAUGGUAAAUGCAAGGAGGCCCUCCAUUGCGUUAACGGUUACUCGAAGAAGCAGUGUGAGGAGAACUGCCUUAAACGCAAGAUCACAGUAAAACCCAAACCUGUUUCCAAACCCAAACCCAAACCAAAACCCCCAUUUAACCUACAAACAGGAGCCAAGUCAAAACGUUUAACCACUUGUGCAACAACACAGGCUGAAAUUAAAAGAACAACUGAACAGUAUGGGAUCACAACAAGAGGAAAUUUACCAUCUACCAGAGAAACUAGAAGACCUAAGAGAACCCGAAGAACAAGACGGUAUGAAAUCAAAGAGAUAUGCUAGUAAGGUGGUUUAUACAUUUUUGAAAAGCUAUUGCUAGAAACUAUAAAUAAGUAUAAUAAACUGUGACUAUUAAAUUAUAAUAUUUAAUUCAGAAUGCCGAAAUAAAUAAUUUCAAUUAAUUUUGAGAGCGUUAGGA